AUGAGACGCUUCAAGGUGCCCGUGUGGAACGGCGAGUUUGGUCCCGUGUACGAGCACGACAAUGAGGGGACCAACCUCGAGAGGUACAAUAUGCUUCGUGCGCAACUUAGGAUCUAUGACAGGUUCGAGAUCCCCUGGAGCAUUUGGCUGUACAAGGAUAUCGGAGUGCAGGGCAUGGUGUAUACUAGCCCUGAGAGUAUGUGGAUUAAACCCCUCCAACCCUUUUUAGAGAAGUGGAGGUUGCAGGCGGAUCCCUGAGAAUAUCAGCCCUGUCAGGAGCCCGGCCGCAUUUGUAACGUAAAACCCCCCUGUUGCACUUCAUCGACACAAAAUGUUAACAAUAUCGCACUUAACAGCCGCUCGUUUCUUAGCUCGAAAAAGGAUCCCCCGACACCGGGGACAGGUACCAUAAUCUCUAGGAUAUCAAAAGACAUGUCUCUAGAAUAGUCAAAGAGAGCUUCUUGAGCGAGACGCUGUCGGAUGAUUUCGCCAGUUACUUCUCCGGCAUGGAUGAGGCCGAGUUGGAGGAGGUGGUGAAGAGCUUUAGCUUUGAACAGUGUAUGCAAAGAGAGGGGUUAAACAAGAUUUUGAGAGAGAGCACGCCAGGGUUGGGGAGUAGAGCUAUGUGGGGAAAUUUCUCUAUUCCCCUGGGGUAUGCACGAUUAGUUUUCAAAAUAUGA